AUGUCAUACGCCCAAGUCGCUGCCGAGAACGCCCCCCCUCUCUCAGAUCAGCCAAAGCCCGACCAAGCCCUGCUCAACACCGCCCCCUCCGCCCCCGUCGACAAAAUCAUCGACGACUCCUCCAAGCUCAGUGUCGUCGACCGCUCCCUCAAGGACCACCCAGUCACCAUAACAUCUCAGGCACGCAUGGACAACGAGAGCCGCCUCAACGCGUUCCCGUACGACGACGACAGGAAGCCGCGAAAGUCCAAGAGAAGGCAGGAGGCCGAAGCGGAGGGCGCAUAUCUAUGGCAGGUCACGAAGAAGUACAUCUUCAGACCGGGUGUCGCUGGUGGCCUCGUCGGUUUGGUAAAUGCCGGGUUACUUGCUGGUGCAGGUCACGCGCUUUACACGCAACCACACCUCCGCAACGACAGACGAUUCUUGACGACCGUCAUUGGGUCCGCGUUGGCGCUGCUGACGGCCGAAGGUUACGCUGCAGAAAAGUAUCGCCAAACUCCACGCGGUCAGGCAGAGGAACAUCGCGCGAAGGAGGAGGGAACACUCAUCUAUAAGCAUCUCCGCGAAGUCAUUCUCCGCCCAGGCGUAUUGGGUGGCCUCGUCGGACUCUUGAACACUGCUGUUCUUGGCACAGUUGGAUACUUUUCCUACAUCAACUGGGACCGCCGGUCGUGGGACAGACGCACUGUGUCCGCCGUCUCUGUCGGCUUGUUGGCGUUAUUCGGAGUAGAGGGCGCCAUUGCAGAGCAGUUCCGUUCCAAAAGACAUUGA